AGAUAAGAAUAAGGAAACUAUCUUACACCUAUUUAUUGAUAUUUCCAAAGAUUUUCAACACUUACUUAAUACCAAAAUCCCUGCAGUUGUAGUUGAACCUCCUGCUAUUAAUACUAAUUCUAAUUCUGAACUUCAACACUUACUUAACACCGAAGUCUCUAUAGUUGUCGUUGAAACUCCUGCUAUUGAUACUGAUUUUGAUUCUAAUAACCUCUCACCUAUAUUUACUACUGAAGUCCCUAUAGUUUUAAUUGAACCUUCUACAAUUGGUACUGAUCUUGAGUUAACUAAUACCCAAAGUAAUCUGAAACCUCACCAUGAAAAAGAUCAAAAUAGUGAAUACGCUACACCAAGAUUUCCUCUUUUCUGUACCAAUAGCAAAAUACAAUUACCACCUUUAUUUGAACUUCCACCCUAUCUACUAUAUCUUUAUACUUCAACUAAUCCUGAUGUAGAUAAUUAUAAAGUAGCAUUGUGUGAGGAUAUUUUAUAUCAAGCUCAUAUGCAAUUACAAGAUCUUGAUGAUACAAGUGAUAUUCUUGCUAUAAUUGAAUAUGAAGCUCUUACUCAAUUCUUUUACUAA